AUGGCCAGAAUCAUCAUCAUUGGUACCGGUUUUGCCGGCGUCUGGAGUGCUUUUUCAGCCAAGCGCCUUAUAAACAUGUCCCAAAAAGAAAGCGAUAUUGAGGUUUUCGUCAUCUCUCCGGAGCCAACCCUGGUCAUUCGUCCACGACUCUACGAGGCGAAUGCCUCCAGCUUGACCUACGCCCUCGGACCUAUAUUCGAAAGUGCAGGCAUCAAAUUUUUCCGGGGUACCGUGAAGACAAUUGACCCCGAAGCUCACACAGUUCAUGUCCAAUCUGCCUCCGGUCUCGAAUCAUCUCUGGACUACGACCGCCUCGUCCUGGCAGCUGGCAGCUCCGUCGUGCGACCUCGGGGCGUUAUCGGGAUUGAGCAGCAUGCAUUCGAUAUCGACUCUUUGAACCCUGCUCGCGAUACCGUUGUUGUGUGCGGUGCCGGUUUCACGGGCAUUGAGAUCGUGACGGAGUUGCCCAAGCGCCUUGCACAUAUUCCAAAUCAUCGGAUCGUUUUGAUCGACAAUUCUGAGCAGGUUGGCCAGCAACUUGGACCCGGACCCCGUCCGGCUAUCACGCAAGCCUUGGAGAACCUCGGGGUUGAACUGAAGCUCGGAUCUGCAGUCGCAGCAAUCGAUGCCGAUGGUGUGGUCCUUGCAUCUGGCGAGCGCAUCGAAACCAAGACUGCCAUUUGGACUGCUGGUGUGAGGGCGACACCUCUUGCACAGCAGGUUCCCGGACCUAAGGAUGGCCUUGGUCGCCUUCACGUCGACCAGCAUCUUCGUGUUCCAUCAUCUAAGGAUAUUUUUGCUACUGGUGAUGCAGCCUAUGCUAGCGCGGAUAGCGAUGGUCACUAUGCUAUGAUGUCCUGCCAGCAUGCGAUUCCGCUUGGCCGCGUGUCAGGCUACAAUGCAGCCGCUGACCUUCUCGACGAACCGAAGAUAGCUUAUACUCAGCCUGCUUACGUUUGCUGUCUGGAUCUCGGUGCUCAUGGGGCAGUUGUUGCCGAAGGAUGGGAAAGAGAAAUAAAGUUAACGGGGGAUAUGGCAAAGCGGGUGAAGUACUUUAUCAACCAGAAACUGAUCUAUCCGCCUAUCGAUCCUCAGGAAGCGCUGAAUGAAGCCAAGCAAGUUGACUUUAAUGGACCACAAGUGCUUGAUCAGAUCCUGCAGGCGGUAGCAUAA